UAUCUGCAGCCUGAGAAGGAAGAGAAAAGACUGGAGCAUUAUGGAUACGACAUCCCCCUCUCCUUUCAUUGUCUCAACACAAAUCAUUGCAACAUCCGCUGGCAAAAACAGAACCUGCUAUGAUUCCGGCAUAAAGGAAGAAGUGCUUGUUUAUGCAAUCUUCACUAUACUUUUUUGUGUAUUGGGAAUGUUGGGCAAUGGCCUUGUGAUCUGGUUGCUGGGCUCCUCCGUUAAGAGGAACACUUUUGCCAUUUAUAUUAUCAACCUCUCUGUUGCAGACUUUGGUUUUCUCACCUUUGAGCUGAUUAUCGAAAUCCACUGGCUUUUCACACAUUUGUAUUGUGACUUUCCCUACGAACUCUUCCAAACAGGCCUGCUGUUAAUGUACAGUACAGGGCAAUUUUUCCUGACAGUCAUCAGCAUUGACAGGUGUGUUUCGGUCCUCUUCCCAAUUUGGUAUCGAUGCCACCGGCCGGUGUAUAUGUUCACUGUUGUGUGUGUUGUCAUCUGGGCCGUUUCCUUCAUCCUCUCUUCAAUUCAUUUCACAAUUAUA